AUCUGCUGCCAUUUUUCGCCUUGCAGGAGGUGCUUGCAGGAGCAGGAUCUGGGCAGAGCAGUACAGCAGGAGCACACUAGCUAAAGCCAUGCAGUCCUUCAGAGAGCGGGGUGGUUUCCAGGGCAACCAACGCUGCUACCAGCAGGAACCCCAUGAAUUAUCUCGCCUUGAGAAUUACAGACAUCACAGUCAGACCGGACAGGGCUAUGAGGUGCACUCUCUUUCUGCUGCAGGGGUGCCAACAGCAGGAACAAGCUCUAAGGACUGUUAUGGGCAGCAGUCCUACCCCAGCUAUGGCAGCAAUUCAGCUCAGAGCAAGAAAACAUUCAGAGGAGGAAAAGCUCCAAGCCAGCACCUGCAAGCUGGCUACAGUAGCCACAUGAAUUCUGGAUAUUCAUCCCAGUACAUGAAUGAAGGGCACUUGCAGCAAAAGUGGGAUGAGUCUGGGCAGAUAUCUCAAUAUGAACAGGACAUUGUGGGUCAUCUUGAGCCUGGGGCCAGUGGCUCAUCACAGUAUAUUGAACAGAACAUGCUAGCUAUUUCUCAAAGCCAGUGCCAUCUCCCCUCCCAACCCUCUGCCCCUGUAUAUACGAGCCCCCAUCAGCAAGGUCAUCCUCCCAAUCCUACUCCAUCUCCGUUAAUGUACCCACAGAGCCACAUUCAUUUCCCUCAACACUCCCAACCGCCGUCCUCCACUUCGUCAUCUUACAUUGAAAAAUGCAAUCCAAUCCCUCAUGGCUUCAAAAGUGGCUACGGAAUGCCACCUAAUGCCCAGUAUUCAAGGCAGAUGGGUAACCACAGUAGUUUGAAGCAGAGUGGCUAUCGGCCACAGAAUAACUAUGGCUACCAACAACCUCCUUCAAGAGUUGGAUUUGAACAGCAGGCUUCCUUGCAGGCAAUGUCAGGUACGCCAGAGAGUCUUCAAAAAUUUUCACAUUUCAAUCAGCCACAGCAAAACUACUGUAUAACAGAUAUUUCUGUACGGUCACCUGAACAGUAUUACCAGAACUGCAGUCCAAGCUCUAGCCACUCACCUGCAAGGUCUGUGGGCAGGUCACCUUCAUAUAGCUCCACACCUUCUCCCUUAAUGCCCAAUCCUGACACAUUCCAGUAUAGCCAACCAAUGAACUCUUCCUCCUCUUCUGCUAAUCUGCAAGAUCCAAAUAUGUUAAUGCCCCCACACACCCAUGCAUCCCCAAGUGUUAACCAUCAAUCUCAGAGCUACUCCAGUUCUAUCAAGGACCGUUUUUCUGAGAAGCUUUUUUCGAACCCGAGCUUGUGGAGCCUCAAUGCUCUGACAUCUAAGGUAGAGAACAUCUCCAACAAUGUCCAGCAAUUAUUGCUCUCAGAAGCCCUUAUGGCUAACAAAAAAGGAAAUAAGCGAAACCAGCCAAAAAAGGGAGAGGAAUAUAGGGGCAACAUUAAGGCAGUGGAGGAUUCUUCAUGUCCUGAUGGCCAGCAUGGUCCUCUUCCUAGUGAUUCUUAUGGCACCCCAAGAUCUGUGGCUGCUGAUCUCCUCGAAGUAGGAUACACCAGCAGCACUGAUGAUCAGAUGGAGCGUAACUACUAUUACUUUGGUCAGGGAAAAUGUUCAACACAUGCUUCAGCACAUUCUCAAUUGAGUCUGGACACUGUUUCUACCUGCUCGAUGAACUCAACAGAUGACAUGUCUGUUAGGUCAGGUGAUUCAGAUCGAAGUAUACAGAGUGCUGCCUCUGAAGAUAAUCUUAGCUGUGACCCUAGGGUGCAAAGAAUGCCAUUUGGGGAGGAGCAGCAAAGUUCUCUAAGGAGCAUUAGAAAUGAAACAUCUCCUAUUAGCAUAACAGCCCCAAGCCCCAUGAAGCAGGAGAGUAAUUCUCCAAUAACCAUAAAGCAGUCUGAGAGUACUCAAAAGGAGAAUUUUGAGGAAUCUGCCUGGACUGAGAGGAUAACUGAUGAAAAAGAAAUUGGGAAAAUUACGCUGAACGCAGAACAUAAGUGCAAAGGCGAGGUUUUUGAGGCAACUGAGAAGCGACAGGAGUGGUUAGAGGAUGAGAAGUGCCCCUCCUUUUUUCAUAAGUUAAAUAAAGAUGUGUCGAAUGAAAGCUAUUCUUAUGAAUCAGAAGACAACAUCUAUGAGAAACUGAAAAACAAAUAUGAGACAGAGGAAGGAGACUUUGCUGGUAAGUGUUGUGACAACAGGAGCAAAGAAAAUGAAGAUUUAGAAAUGAAAUCUGAAAUGUUCAAAUCAGAAUCACAGAAUAAUGGUGAGGACCCUAGACCAGCAUCACCAGCUUUUUCAAAAGAUGUGCCUGAGUCCAAUCUACAUUUGCCUCGAAAAAAUGAAACUUCAGAAACCCAUCUUACCACUGAGUGUGAAUCUUCAGAGGAAAGACAGUUAACCUCUGAGAAACAGAAUGAUGCCUUUAAGGAACAAUCUGCCCUAUGCUAUUCAGCCUCUGAAGUAAGAGAGAAAGGAAAUCUGACAUUGGAGGAAGAUGUGAUUACUAAUAAAGCUAAAUACGAAGAGUCCUCUACCGAGGCCUUUAAUAAUCAAGGGGAGAUAGCAAGUGGAGCACUUUGUAUGGUCAACAGGGAAAUAGCUGAGACCCCUGGCCAAGACAUAACCCACAGAAGCAGUGAUAGGUCAUCAGUCACAUGUGACAUUGCGCCUCAAUCUCACCCUGUCAGGAGUGGCUUCUCAGCUCUCAAUGAAAAAACAACACCUCAGAAUCAGGUGAGGGAUCACAUCGAUCACAGUGAUGCAAAGGUGCUGGAGCCUGACUCACCCCAGUUGCCAGGCAAGUCAAUAAUAUCUUCUGCACCAUCUUGGGCUGAUACUCCACCCUCCCCACAGAAAGGUGACGAGGAUGUAGAACCAGGUAUAAGCUGCCCCAGUGCAACAAAACCAGAGCCCAUGGCUCCUUCCCAUGGCUGGUUCAGUUCAACAAAACCAGAGCCCAUAGCACAUCCAAGACUACUAGGCCGGAAGCAUGCACGGGGUAGGAGAAAAUUAGUUCAUUCAAAUGCGGUGAUGAGGAGUAUGGAUAGAGAUGGUGGUCCACCAUCUCCUCAAAAGCCCAACAUGCUCUUAAACAACAGUAGCAUAUUCUCUGAUCAAAUGGAAUCUGUUCAGGUGGACAUUAGCAGUCAAACCCCAAAACUUCUCACCGAAGGUUUGCCAUCCCGAAUGUGUACUCGCUCUUUAGGGUCACAGAGCACCCUUAAAGUUUGUUCUCAAGAGAGAAGAAAAACAGGUCCAAAGCCCAGUUCAAAACCUGGUCCAAAGCCGGGUCCAAAACCGGCCACAAAGUCCAGCCUAAAACCCAAUUCAAAGCCUGUUUUAAAACCAGGGCCAAAACAAGGUCUAAAACCUGGACCAAAACCAGGCCCAAAGCCAAGUUCCAAAUCUGGUGCAAAGCCUACUAACUCAAAACAGUACUUAAAACCUGGACUAAAACCAGGCUCAAAGCCUGGGGCUACACCAAGUGUAAAGGCUGGACCAAAGCAUAGCCAAAAGUCCGUUGCUGUACCUGCUCUAAAGCUCAGUCCAAAAUCUGGUGUAAAGCCUACAGAAGGAGUAACCCCUAAGGGGCCUGGUCGGCCAAAAGGCCUCACAUCCAGGAUCAAAUCAAUGAAGUAUGAAAAUAAUAUAGGUAUUGUCACAGAGCAUAUUGAAACUAAAAGCCGCAUAAGUGAUAUCCCUGAACAACAAGAACAUACUGGAGUCAGUCUGGAAACUGUUGUUGGUACUACUUUGCACACUUCAAUAGACAGCACAAUUGGUUCCACUUUAGACACUGCAUUGGAUGCUUCUUUUGUAAAUUCUGUAGCAAAAGAUCAAAAGUCCAUGGUAUUGAGAUCCCGGAAGCAAACACAGGAGAAGAUAAAAGAAGACAAGGACAAACAGAGAGACAUGUCAACUGAGUCAUCAGCAAUAAAACCCACUGAGUCACAUAUGCAGAAACUGGCAGCUGCUCAGCCCUAUGAGAACCCAUCAUCAACGUUAAAAUCCCCCAACCAUGAGGAGGUCUGCACAGAUUCACUUAGUGAGCAAAUUGUGUCAGUUUCAAUUAAGAGAAAAUCCAGUUUAAAAGCCCCAGACCCAGCCAAGAAAAAGAAAGGUCUAAAAGGUAGUCAAACAAAAAUACAGGAACCUCUGCCACAGGAGUUAGUAGUAGAAACCCAAAGUUCAAAGGGAAGGCGAAAACGAGGUCAUAAAUUAGAAACAUCUGAUUGCAGCCCCCUGACCAAAGAUAACCUUCCAUUGGAAGAAAUCAGUGAUAUACCUUGUGUGGUUCCUCAGUGUCCCACUAAAACAAAAUAUCUGCCUCCUAGGAAAGGCAGAGGACUUAAAUACGAAGCAAUGGUACAGAAAAUUACAUCUCCAGCAUCCAAAAAGCAGCCUCUUAAUAUCCAACCAGAUGUUGUGCUAGAAGAAUUAGCACCAAAGUCAUCACCAGAACUACAGGGAACAGAAAAAAGAAAGACAGUAAAUACUACAGUGGUAACACCAGAGGACGAUUUGAGUGUAAGCAUGGAAGAAGCUCCAGACACAUCGUGUAUUCAAACUCCUCGAAAGAAGCGUAGAAAGUGGGCCACAGUGGAGAGCACUGACACACCAGAUAUAGCAUUGGAGACAGGGAACCUCAUUAUCAACACACCAAGGCUAGCCAAACAGAGAGCUAUUAAAAAUAAUCAUGAAAUGCAUCUAAAGCAACGGAAGAAGAGAAGAAAAUGCACUGAGCUUGUAAAGAAUGUGACAAUUUUGGAAACACAUGAACAGACCAAUGAAAUCAUCUCUCUUCCAGCACCUCCACUGUCACCACCAUCAACAUCUUUUCUCUUUGCAAAAACAGAAGAAAAGACACAGGGUGAACAGCUAUUGAUAGAAAUAGGCUCAACUGUAAUUAAACCAAAAAGAGGCAGACGACCAUCACUUAAAAAGAAACAGGAAAACUUCAGCCAGCAAAUCGGAAAUGAAGAACGUCAAAAAGGCAAAAAAAAGCCUGGACCUAAAAAAAAGAUCCAGCGGAAUAACAACAGUACCAGCAAGGUCACUGUAAAGGGACUGAAGCCUAAAUUAAAAUGCAAAAAGGAAUGUAUUCCUACUGUGAAAGGAACGUUGUCAGAUUUUUUUAAAACACAAAAAAUUGAAGGCAAGCAUUCUUUCAAACCAUAUGUACACAUUGAUAGCUCCAAAAAGCAUGCCUCCCACUGCACAAUCAUAAACAAACCCGAGGAAGAGCAUCUGCUUGUCCAGACAAGAAAAAGGAACUUGGAAAAAAACAAGACAAUACCAAAUUGGUCAAUUAUGCUCCAGGGCCCCUUAGUUAACAGAAGCCUAACUGACAGGUGUUUAAUAUGCUGCCUAUGUGGAAAGCCAGCAAAUUACAGGGAACUUGGGGAUUUGUGUGGCCCAUACUACCUUGAGGAUACCAUACCACGGAAAACACUUUCUUUAGCAUAUCAUGAAGACUUCAGGCGAAGCAGAUACCGAGAGCAAGUGAAGGUGGCCAUGUGCAGUGCUGAGCAAAUUAAUGAUGUAAAGAAAGAGGGAGGAAAAGACUUUCUUCAAGAGGGGACAAGUGAAGGAGAUUGCAGGCAGGUGAUCAAAGAAAGAAGGGCACAGCUUAAAAGUCGCCUUGGCCUGCGAGCAAGGUACAAAAGACUGCAACCGUUUCAGGGGAGAGCUGAUGGAGGAGUUCCCCCUGCUGGUGAGGAGGGCUCCUACUCUGUUUUGCACAGGUUACAGCUGGAGGCGGAGGUUAAUGAGCACUGGGCACAUGAGGCCUGCGCUGUUUGGACCAGAGGUGUGAUCCUAAUCGCAGGCAAACUUUACGGACUGAAGGAAGCUGCACGGGAAUCUACACUCACAAAAUGCUCCAAGUGCCAAAGUGAGGGAGCUUCGAUUGGCUGUAGCUGGAAGCACUGUAUUCAUAAAUACCACUAUGUCUGCGCCAAAGAGACAGGCUGCAUAUUCGAUGAAGACACUUUCUCAAUAAAAUGUCCAAAACACCAGGUAAGUGUCUGAGCCCGUUCUAGAACAUAAAAGGAAGUCUUUGAUCUUAGAAACAUGCCUAUUAUGCCGUGUACAUCAGUGGCCUUGCUGAAACAUUUGCUGACCUCCCUAACAAAGGAAGUGAAUGGAGAUGUAAAGCACAGCCGCUCAUCAGCUCCAUCUCCAAGGGCAACAGACAAGUCUAGCAAGGAGCUCACCCUUAUUGAUGAACCAUCUCUCCAGCGAUAGUCAUGCUUGCACAGUGGAUGCUAAUUAGAUGCUCACUGAUCUCGGCUUUCUGACACCUAUUAUCCCCCACAAGACUAAAUUAGCAUUAGUGAUACUGUCAGAUUUUUAGGGUUGAAUGUGUCACUAAAGACGCUUUUCUUUGAGGAUGAACCAAAUGAGCUUAAAUCAUGCAGCAGUGACUCGAAAUUGUAGUCAGAUUUGAACGCUACAUUCGAUUGCUACAUGCCUCAGAUGUAAAUCUAGGUGAUUUGACUACAACUCCUGGUUAUAAACUGCCUACAGGUUUCUGGCUUGCAUUGCAGUGAUAAGCGAGUAUGGAGCAAGAGACUAUGCAGGGGUAGAGCAGUAGUUGACAACCAGUGAGAGAAAACCUGGCAACAGAUCAAAACAUCCUCCCAUCUCCUUUCCCGUCCUACGUCAAAGGACAAAAAGGAUGGGAGGGAGAGAGAGUGAGGAGUUCAGAACAAGCUGAAAGCACAUUGACUCAAGGAUCUAAAGGCUUUAGGUCUCAGCCAUGCCAAUUUGCUGUUUUAAUGAAAGCAAGCAGUACAUAUUCCACCCCCAUGCAGGUCUCCCAGGAAAUGUUUUCUUUUCUUUUUUUUUUCUUUUUCUCUGUGCCUACACAUGCACAGACUUUUUUUUUCUAGUGGGGGCUUUCGUGGCAGCAUGAGCAAGACCCUGGAUUACUGCACCAUCGGUUUAGACCGGGCCAAAAGCAGCAACAAAGGGAACCAAGAGCAGGGCUAUGGCUUGCACCAUUUCAAAGAGAAUCAAGGGCUGUUCUUACAUCAUGGCUCGAUACAGAGGGAGAUAGAUCUGGCUGUUAGCCAGAGGGAUGAGUGGAUGAGUGCAGAGAGGAUGCAAGAGUGAGAAAAGCAGAGACAGCCUUGGUGCAGGAGAAGAAAUAUUGUGCAAAAAAUGCUCUGUGCCAGCACAAUUAGGGGGCAGUCCUGCUGGGUGGUUGAGUAAAAGCUGGCCAGCUUUACUGGCCCACUUGGUGCAGCCUUCACAUCAGCACAGUGGCUACUACCUCAGAAUGGGCAAUUAGAGAGCUCACACCAGGCUGCUGAUGCAGAGCCAGACACACACAGACACACACAUAUACACACUACAGUCUCUUGCCCUCUCUUAGGAACACUACACAGUGUGUACUAUAAGUAUGCCUUAUGAAUUAAUAAAUUCGACGUAUACAUUACUGUAACACGCUUUUUUUUUUUCUUUUUGCGGUUGCAUACUUUGAUUCUAUUUGUCCAUUCUGUUUGCCAGGAUAUGUAAAAGGGGAGACUUUUAGCCAGCAUGGACAUACAUCUGCCUGCGCAACCGAACUCAAACCGAAACUGGCUUCGACUGAAGCACAAAGGUACUGUAGCAAUACUGACCUGAGACCAGAUCAUCUCUGCAUUCACCAACAAGGCCCUGAGGCACCCCUCUUACAAAAUGCCCCUGCCCCCAACCCCUCUGCCGCAUCCGCCUUCUGCCUGGUCCGCUCCUUUAUGGAAGCAGAAGAAGAAGAAAGAAAAAGAAAAAAAAACAGGAGCCACUGGUCAAAAAAAACCCUGAAUGUGCCACUCAUCCGUUUGAUUCCUUUUUUUUCCUCCCCAAUCUUUUUUCCUGGAAGGGAUGUUAUCAGUCGGGGACACCUGGAGGCAGAUUUGGCUGGCGGCCCUCUCUAGCGGCCCGAGCCCUGCCACCGUUUGGCACAGAGGCAUGCCUGGUGAUUUUGAAAUGCAUUCAGUUUCGAAGAUGUCAUGCAUCAAACACCCACUGGAUGUAAUUCAAUAUCUGCUUAAGUGUUAUUAAAAAAAAAAUUGUACAGGGUGUGCUAUACAGGUCUAAAUAUUCUGAAAAAGUCAAAAUAUUAUUUUAAUAUAAUGCUCUUCCAAGAUGUAUUUUGAUGUGCGUUUGCAAACACAUGGCACCACUUAGACGGCGCUGAUAUCUGUCCAAAUACGUGUUCUGAAAAACAAUGCAGCAGUAUGUACAGGUCUGCACCUUAAACAAUUUUAAGGGCCUUUCUUUACUGAAGACUGUUUCGUUUUUAACGUUGAGUAGAAAGAACCGAACCUGAAAAUGAAACCGGAGAAAACACUAAAAGAACCUGCAAUGAUGCGCUUUAUGUUCACCACUACGCUGUACGUGACAAACACGAUAUUGUAGGCUAUGUUAUUUUCUCCACAUUCAGCCCGUUACACAGUAUUACACACACACACACACGAUUAAUUCCUUCUUACAAUGAUUAAUUCGAAGUAAUUGUGUAUAUAAGUAUUUGCUGCUGUUUAAAUGUAAGAUGUGAUGUACUAUUAUAAUGGUGUAUAGUAUUUCUUAGAGAUGUUUAUUUUCUAUAAAACAAAAUAUGUUAUUGCCUUUAAAAUGUUAUUAAAAACAAUGAAUUCAAAUGCCUUUUUUCAAAAUUGUAUUUGUCCACGUUAGCCAUAGGAUUUAUUGCGAUGUUUUGAUGUUUUAAGAGAUGUUUGGAAUGUUAUUUGUAUUGCUGCCAUCAA